UCCACAGCAGUUGACAACUCAAAGAAAACAAAUAGACGGGCGAAACUUUGAUUGACAUUUCAAUUAAAUUACAGCCCAACUCGCUGUCGCUGGCGGGGAUGUUCCGAGUGCAGAAAGUUUUGCUCGCCGAAUACGAGGAGAUCUACGAGCCGGUGCUGGUGGAGAAUCCCUUCACCCUGGUGGACAUCCGCGGCGUGGGACUGCGCCAGUACCACAUAGGCCUCACCUGCAAUCGCCUGCUCUUCGGCUGCGACAACUUCUCCAAGUACGAGGAUGAGCCGGGCUUCCUGGACCGCGGCCAGGAUCCGGAGAUCGAGAGCUUCGAGCUGGUCACCAUGCUGCCACUGCAGCUGAUCCGCUUCCACUUCUUUCGCAAGGCGACGCGCUGCCUCAUGAUGCUGAACAUUGUCCAGCCGCUGGGUAAGCCUCUGGCCAUUCUGGAGCACCCGAUCAUCUUCGAGUUCGGCGGCCACAUCUUCAAGCAGCACUUCUGGCACACCUGGCGCGAGAGGGUGGCCACCAUCCGGGUGAUGCAGCCGCUCUACGGCCAGAUAACAGGCGCCUCGCCCUUCUCCAGCACCGACGUCCAGCUGGACGAGGAGACCAUCUCGGUCCAGGUGCAUCCUCCACCCAGAACUCCCUCCUUCUACAGCGCCUGCCAUGCGGGAGCAGGCGAUUUCGGCUAGCCAUUCUGCUAAGGGUUUUUAAGCCAGUUUCCAUUUUCUAUUAACGGAUUGGGCUUCCAGCUUCGAUUUGCCUGCCACGUCCAUCCAUUCGGACAGCCGCCUGUUUAUUUAUUUAUAUUAAAAGCAAGCCGCUCUUGCCACCUUAAGAACAGCUAUAUUUGGUUGGUUAGAAAUAGCUUUGGAUGCUCGGUGCGAAAAGCUGAGUUCUCGAACGCACUUAACGGCUCAAAGGACGUCUUGUUUUGUUAAAUCUGCUAAUAACUAGAGCCUUAUUUCUAUACGCUAUUUGCUAGUUAAUAAGUAUAUGUUAAAUAAAUCUAUAUGCAAGUAAAUACAUUUAA